AGACGUAUUGGUUACUGCCUCAAAUCUGCGUCUUUCCGUGUUUAGUCGUCCCUUUACCAUGCAAGCUCUCAGAUUCGAACACACUGGAUCCUUGGAUGGACUCUCUCUGGUUAACAUCGACAAACCCAUAUUACGUCCAGGCGAGGCUCUCGUACGCGUCAGAGCUGCCGGUAUCAACGCAUCCGAUGCUGCAGGCAUCCUAGGCAUGCUUCCGUUUGUCACCACCCCACGCAUUCCUGGCAGAGAUUUCUCCGGCGAAGUCGUAGAAGCGCUGGACGCUUCCGGGGCCUCCAGUCAAGAGUGGAUUGGAGCAGAGGUAUGGGGAACAGGAAGCGAGAGAGGCUUCAGUUCAGAUGGAUCAUUUUCUCAAUACGUCACUGUCCCUAUCGCCGCAUUGAGCCGGAAGCCAGCAUCUCUCGACCACUCCAGAGCUGGUAGCAUGACCCUACCGUGGUUAUGCGCCUGGAUUACAGUCGACACUCUUGCGAACGUCAAGAAGGGAGACAAUGUUAUCAUCAUCGGUGCUCGAGGCGGCAUUGGCUCAGCGGCAGCCCAACUCUGCAACGAACGCGGCGCACGCGUAUUUGGCACGUACACCUCCCUCGCCAAAGCGACUCCCCCAUCAUAUGUCACGCCCAUCGAAAUAAGCUCUAAAAACGCCAUCCGCGAGGCCAUCGCCAAGGCGGGACUGCAGAAUAAAAUCGACGUUUUACUAGACUGCGCCGGCUAUGAACAGCCAUUCAAUGAUGCGCUUUUCACCAUGACGCCAAAUGGCACCGGUCGUGUCGUGGUCAUGGCUGUACAUGCAAAGGACGGGCUGUUCCCCAUCAGCAUGCGGACGUUUUAUACAAAAGCUCUUACAUUAAAGGGCAUGCUAUCGAGUAUUCUUGGCCCGUUGGAGGUAAAGGAGGUACUGGACGACCUUGCGAAGAAAAUCGAUAGUGGGCUGUUAGAGGGACCGAAGGAGGUCAACGAAGUUGAUAUGAAGGACAUGGACACUGUGAAGGGUGCUCUGCAAGAAAUUUUAAGUCGGGCUUCUCAUGUUCGUUCGGUGAUUAUUCCCUGAACGUUCCCAUCAUAUGUAUUACCAGCAUCUGCACUAGCGUCACAAUAUUUAAUCUACAAAUCAUUUGCAAAUGUAUUUAUUCACCAUUCGAACCAGACUAAACCGAAAUGUGAACCUAGAAAUUUCAACGAGAUGAUACACUGAGGGAACUGCGUCUAAAACGAGUGAGAACAUCGCUGCUAUGACGGCACAGAAGUCUACUGCGAAGGGAGGGGCAGCACUUCCAAAUUUCAACAAAAAGUCAAGCUCAGCCAAG